UGGUCCCCACGUCCUCUGCGGCAGUGCUGAAGGUAACAAAAGAGAGGUGGGAAGGGUCCAGGCACAGAGAGAGAGAGAGAGAGAGAGAGGAGAGAUGAGCGAGGGGAAACAUGAGAGCUUGGGAUGUUAUUUCAUCCUCUGACCACGCUGAAAGGCAAACAUUAUAACGAGUCAGGGGAAGAGUCCGAGACAACAGAAGCAACGGGACACUUGAUCUGCCCCGAUCACUCAUUUUGGCUACCUAGCUCAUAUAUCUUAGCUGCACCUGAAGCAGCAGUAUUAUUAACUUACUCUCGAUCACCUUACAUCUCUAUGACCAGAAGAAGUCGGGGGUCGCUGAUGCCAAGCAGAGCGUCGGAGAAGAGCGCUGGGACUCGAGGGGCAGGAGGCAGUUACAGGAAUUGGACUAGCUAAACGUAUUCCUAACAGUUUAGGAGAACCACAGCCUACAAGACAGUGGGCGAAAAAGGGACUGACGGCAAGUUUGGGGAAGGAAAGGCACCGAACGGACCCCGAGAUCCUAAUCCAGUCGCCCUUCAUCGCUGUCUCGUACUCAGUUCUACAGUCCCCUACUCCUCGUUUCGUUUUACCAAGAUGCCAGUCCACAUCCCAGACGACUCCGAUUUCACCUCCUUCAGAGAGCAGUGCGAGGACCAAGAAGGCUGGACAGUCCAGUACAACAAAGGAGGGGUGACGGUCUGGUGCCGAGAACAGGAGAGCAACACGGUCCAGAAGCUAAAGAUGAGAAUCAUUUGCAAGGAUGUCACGGCCGAAACCCUCUAUGAUGUGCUUCAUGACACCAGCUACCGUCGGAAGUGGGAUUCCAACAUGAUUGAGACUUAUGACAUUGGGCGACUAACAGUGAAUGCUGAUGUGGGCUACUACUCCUGGAAGUGUCCCAGUCCCUUGAAGAACAGAGAUUUUGUGACCCUGAGAUCAUGGCUUCCUCUUGGCAAUGACUACAUAAUCAUUAACUACUCCGUUAAACACCCUAAGUAUCCUCCUAAGAAAGACUAUGUGAGGGCAGUGUCACUGCAGACCGGCUACCUGAUCCAAAACAACAGUGCCAGCAGCAGUACUCUGUACUAUCUUACCCAGGUGGACCCCAAGGGUUCCUUACCUAAAUGGGUUGUCAAUAAAGUAUCUCAGUUUGUAGCACCUAAGGCAAUGAAAAAGAUCUACAAGGCCUGUCUGAAGUACCCAGAGUGGAAGAGGAAACAUAAUCCCAACCUGAAACCCUGGGUAUACCCAGAGCAGAACACAUUGCCUAGCAUUAACCUGGCUGACCUCUCGCUGCAGAACGCCGAUUCACUGGAAAACAUCGAUGAGAGUGGCCUCAGUGAAGAGAAGCUCCACAUUAGCGAUGAGGAUGACAACUUCUCUAAGGAAUCCUAAAAACAAGCCCCUUCAUUCUGUUCCAAACUCUCAAGGCCUAGUAAUGUGGUGAUGUGUAUUGUCAUAGAGCUUAAAUAUCAAUCUUCCUUAAGUUUUCAAUUUAAGGUAUCUCCACAAGACUGUUGGCCCGGCCAAAAAGAAUACAAAGUGUAAAAAAAAAAAUAUCUUUAUACAUCAGUCUCUACAGGAGGUUGGCUUAGAGUGCCAACACUUGAGUCCUUGCUGUAGACAAACACAUGCAUGGACUUCUUGGCGAAGGGGUUAGGAAUACAACAAAAGAAAUUUAGGCACAUGUGUUCUACAAUAUUAAUAAAAAGCACUUUGCUCCACAUAAAUAAAUCCCACCACCUAACAGCUGGGAAUAACAUUUCUUGGCAUUUACCAUGAUGCUAUACUUUUUGAUACCACUUCCAUCAGUCUAGUGAACUCUUGUUUUUUAACAAUAUUGUGUAAGUAAGUUUAAUUAAGGACCGACUCACACCAAGUAAUCUACGCAGAGGCUUUAGUAAAUAAAUUCAGACAUUCUUCACCAGUUUGUACUUUCAGGGAUUUAUUCCAAGACUUCUGUUCAAAACUAUCUCAAGUUCUUGGAAUGUUAAGCAAUAUAAAUGUAAGGUCAUAAGUACUACCAAGUCACCUCUGACUUCUCGUAGUCCUGGAUUCAUAAAUGUCUACAAGUAUACGCCUACUCCCCCUACCAGACAACAGCAUGAGUUUGAUGUCAUUCCCUUAGCAGUCACCAGAGACAGAUCCCCCUUAGGCCAGAGCAUUGAUCUGUUAGCAUGGCUGGCUGGUAAAUUCCUUUUGUUUUCUGUGAGAAGGGCCGAGGCAUGCACUAUUGCAGGUUCAUAUCCCCAAGAGUGUUGCUACUUCACACUGGGUUCUAUCGGAAACUUGUUUUGCCUAAUUGCUAAAGGAUAAGUCCUCCCAUCCUGUAGGCGUGUAUACUCCUUACUCAUACAGGAGGUACUUGUCACCUUUCCAAUAGACCAUAUUUGGACCUGUUAUAAUACUCUAUCUGCGUACCAAGCCAGCAGCUUUCAGUCCCUGCCUAAUUCAAAAAAUUGAAAAUCUACUCACAAAUCUUCUAAACUGUUUAGAUCCGUACAUUGUACAGUAUUUGAAUUUUCCACAAAUGGAGAUCCUUCUUUCCAUCAAUGUACAUUUUAUACCUUUUAUGUAUUGUUUGCUAUAUUUGUUCAUAUUAUUCAGGCCCGUGGACUGUUUUUAUAAUAAUGAUGGUGCUGGAUAGUGGCGACAUGUUGCAUGUUGGUUAGCACAUGCAGGUAAGAAUUUCACUGUACUCUGUUCAUGUGACAAUAAUGACCCUAUAUACUUAUAUGAGCCUACAUUCAAAGUACAUUUCAAAAGAAAGAGAAGAAGCAGUCCCCCCACUUAAUGUAUAUUCAUCUUGACAUCUAUACUCCCUUUUUCCAUAAGUUGCAAUAGUUUAAUUUACUAUUUAUUGUUAAUUGGUCAUUAAAAUGACUCACUUCAUUGUUUAGCAUGUACAUUCCAGUAUUUUUUUUUUCCAGAGAAACACUUUCAAAUUUCCAAAAGUUACCAAAAGCAUUCACAGUAAUUUAUGUAAGCACAACUACUUUAUGAAAAUUUUCCAGUUUGCAGAGGAAAAAAAGAAUGGCAAUCA